GUAAGCGUUCGCUUCGUUUCGUGCCAUUCUCUCGCAGCCAAAUCGCUUCCGCCGCUGCACCGAACGCCCCCACUUCGCUUCUCCGCCGCACCGCCAACCAGGCAAACUCUUUUGAGGUGACAACAACAACAACAACGUCCAACCCCCCCCCACCACCUCAACCACGAUGGAUCCAUCCCAGCAAGCGCCUCGCUCGUCUGCGGCCACCACGCCCUGGCGGGACAAGCUGCCGUCGCUAGACACCCCCUCCACAUCUUACGCCGCCCAGCACCACCACCAGCAACAGCCUCAGGACUACCAGCACUUUGAGCCACAGUCGCCACAGCAGCAGCAUCAACAGCCAGACAUGUCUGAGCUCUUGAAGCUGGCCACAGAGGCGCAGCAACGACAGCAACAGCAGCAGCAGCAACAGCAACAGCAGCAGGAGGAGGGCGACAGGGCUGACGGGCAGCACGCCUUGCCAUCCCCGUCCACAGCGACAUCCUUGUCCCAGCUGGCUGCCGCAGCCAUCGCCGUGAACGCCCAGCAGCGCAACGCCCCAGACCCUCUGCAACAACAGCUGCAGCAGCUGCAGCAACAGCUCCAACAACAUCAGCAGGACACCCAAGACCUUGCCCGCAAGCACGCAGAACAGCAGCAGCUGCAGCUACAACAACACCAGCAGCAGCAACAGCGCGGCACCGGCCGGAGCAUGGCCCUGGCAAGCCCGCUUGUUGGUGCUGGCGGUUACACCUCGACAGCCUCGUCAUCUGCCACGCCAGCGUCGUCCACCCCGGCCGCGUCUGCCGCCCAGGCCGGGCCACCGCAGCACCUCGCCGCCAUGCAGCGCAUCCAGCAGAUGCAGCAGCUGCAGCAGCUGGCGCUGGCGGCAGCAAACGCCCGCGCAGGCGUGUCUGAGGCCGACGUGUCUCCGCUCGCGCAGUUGGCGGCAAGAGACAAGAACAGCAGCAAGAAGGCAGAUAACGCCACCACCCCGGCAUCCUCUGGCGUCUCGUCUGCACUGCAGCCAACAUCAGCACAACCGCUCCAGCAACCCUCCCAGUCCUCAGAGUCGCAGCAGCAGCAGGACGCGGGGGGCAACACCACGGACGCGGCGCUGGUGAAUCUCAUGCAAGCAGCAGCGGCAGUCGGGGUGAGCCCGCAGAUGCUGGCCAUGCUGCCGCCCUAUGUCGCAGCAACGUGGCUGCAACAACAGCUCCAGCUGCAACAGCAACAGCAACAGCAGCCACAGCCGGGCCAGGCGGAAGAGCAAGCUGCAACAGCGCUGUUGCAGGCGGCCCAGCAGUCGCAACAGCAGCAGAAGCAGCAGAAGCAGCAAGCGCAGGGCACCACCCAGUCGCCGCUGUCCUUCUCCCCAUAUGGGCUGCCGUUCCUGCCUGUAAGCGGCAUGUCACAGGUGCUGCUGGGCAUGGGCUCUGGCCAGGACAUGCCAUCCCCGCUUGCCGGGCAGUCGACAGGCACGGGCCGACAGCCAAAGACCAUCAAGGAGAAGAGCAGGACGUACCGCCAGAAGAAGAAGCUGCAAUUUGUUGAGCGACAGCAGCGCUCCCGCCGCCUCUUCACAGACCUCAAGACCAGAUUCGCCCUCCUGCAGGGUCAGUGUGCACAGCUUGAAGCUGCUGGUCUCGGCGCCAAGGCAAACACCGUGGUUGCACCGCUCAUCAACGAGUACCAAACCCUGCUGUCUGGAGAAUUCCAGGUGCCCUACACCCGCAGGUCCUUCCACAUCAGCAACGAAGAUGUCAAGGAGUCACUGCGCAAGCGCAAGCAGGAGGUGACCGACAACGACAUUGCCAAGGAGCGAAACCGUCUCAGCUCAAAGUUCCAUCGCGAAGAACACAAGCAGGAGCACACAGCGUGGGCGGACCUGCUUGCCCGCCUCGAGCGCGCUGCCCGCGACUUCGACUCCGCCGAGCAGACGCUCAACGCCAUUGCCAAGCCGGCAGCGGCGCCAGUGCCAGCGCCAGCCCCCGUCUCCUCUGCUGCCCUGGUCUCUGCACCGAACCUCGCUGAUCUGCUGCCGCCAUCAACGCUGCCUGCUUCCACGUCCACACCAGCGGCGACAGCGGCGACAGUGGCAACAGCCAGCGCCCUCGACAGCGCUGUCGCUUCGGCUGCACCGGUCGCGGAGACGACGACUGCACCAGCCGCGGCUGCUGUGACGGAGACCGCCCAGCCUGCAGCCACAAGCGGCUCCGUGCCGCCACUGCCACUCAGCGGCACGGUGUCUGCCGUGUCGCCUACCACGUCAACGGAGCUGCAGCUGCCUGUGCCGACCGCCCUUGCCGGCACCACGAAGGCAGGCUCGAAUGGGACAGCGGGCGAUGCAGUCAGCACCACCACACAGGUGGCUGUGCCCGUUCCUGUGUCGACAGCAGCAAAGCCGGCAGCCACAGAGACUGCGCCACCGCCAGCAGCUGUUGCUGAGGCUGCUGCCACCACGCAGGCGACGCAGCCACCCGUGGACACGGCCGUGUCGACCACACCAUCAGCCGAAGUGACAACACCUGCGCCACCAACGACAACCGCCACGGCUGUAACAGCAACCACGACAGCGGCGAUGGGCACACCCGAACCUCCCACAGCACCAGAUGCCACGGCAGGUGACGGUGAGCAGGCGGCGGCGGCACUGCCUUUCCUCAACACCGUGCCCGCCACCACCUCCGUUGUUGGCAUCCUUGCCUCAGCCUCGGGCGAAGCCGUCGUGCCCACCACCCCCACCACCACUACCACGGCGACGGCUGCUGCUGGGAAGCGGGCGCACUCGAGCAGCGAGGAGGAGAGUGCCCAGCCCGCUCCGGCGCAGGGCAACAGCGAUGCAGCGGCAGAUACGGGCGAACAGCCAGCGAAGCGCGCAAACCUGAGCAGCGACGACACAAGCACCACAACCAAGGCCGCGGAUGGCACAGCCAUGCCUGAGACCGUGGCAGCGGCCAACGAAAAGGAUGCAGCUGCUUCGUCGUCGUGAUCGGCCCCGCGUCAGUCUCUCGCAUUCCUCUCAAAUCUCCCAUAUUGCAUGUAACAACACCAUGACCUUGCUUUUGUGUGUGUGUGUGUGUAUCUGUAUUGCGUAUCAAGUGGAGUGCGUAUUCUGUUGCACUUUCUCUCCGUCUCUCCCUCUGUCUCUCUCUCUCUCUCUCUCUUUUUGUUAUCCUUGGAUCGCGCUCGUGCUUGCGUUCAUUCAUUCAUUCAUUCAUUCAUUAGCAUCCUUUCGUCAUCCCAUCAUCAUGUUCAUCACACGCAAAUCCUUCCCAUCCAUCAGCAGUUCGCCUUUUGUCUCUGCCUUCAUGCCUACUCAGCGGUUACUGGUCCAUCGUUCAUUGCCAUUCAUCUGUUCUUUCGUUUCGUGACACGAUGUCCUUUUCCUUUUCAGCCUUGUGCUUGAGUGAAUCCUUUGCAGUGAAAUGAAAGCUGAAGAAACGG